CAGUGCCAACUACAGAGCUGAAAACCAGCAGCCAAUGGACUCUUCUGUUCUUACGUUUCUGAAGCAAUGGAUUGCGCUCGGUUGAUCCGGGCACUGGCAAGUCGAAGCUUCCGGGUUCACAGGCUGGCUUCCCCCAGGCUGCGGAAAGAAUAGAGCUCAUUCAUCAACUACGGCAGGAGUUCUUAUUUCCUGGGCAGGGAGUCCCUCCGUUUCAGUGCCAUACACAGAUACAAGGUGCCAGUUUGCUGGAACAUGGCUGUGCAUUUGUUAGAUACACAGUAUGAUGCAGAUUCCUAUCAGAAAUACAGAUUCUCUCCCUCUGAAAAUCUCCAAAGUGUCAUCUUCUCCUACCUGGAAGAAAAGAAAGUAGACCCCGUUCGGCUGGCAGUGGAUGUCGGCUGCGGGUCGGGACAAAGCACUCGCGUACUCGCCGCUCAUUUUGAGAAGGUGGUUGGAACAGACAUCAGUGAAGCUCAAAUAGAGGCAGCCAAACAAGCUGCCUCCUUCCCAAAUGUUACUUACCAUGUGUGCCCUGCAGAGGAGCUGGCAUUUGAGGAUGGUUCUGUGGACCUCAUUACUGCUUUUACAGCUGCCCACUGGUUUGAUAUGCCGAGGUUCAUGAAAGAAGUGGAUCGAGUUCUCAAGCCACAUGGCUGUGUGGCCCUAAGCACCUACACUACAGACUUCAGUAUGCACUAUAAAGACUGCUCGGAGAGGCUUACAGAAAUCUUCACUGAGACCCGGGACCUGCUUCUUAAAUAUUCAGAUGAAAAAGUAAAUCUUGUCAUUGCAGAGUAUAAAGAGGUGUUUGAGUCCGUGCCUUUUCCAGACAAGAAGAGAGUUACCCAGAUCUUAGACAAAAUUCCCAUGUCCGUUUCUGGGGUGAUCGGGCUAUUCCAGUCCUUCUCCAUGUAUCAAGCCUUUCUGAGGAGUGACCCUGAAGCAGCAAAAUCCCUCCUCCAAAAAACUGAACAAAGGUUCCUGGAGACCAUGGGAGUUUGCUCUAAUGAAACCCAGGUGCCAGUUUGCUGGAACAUGGCUGUGCGUUUGUUCGAGGCACAAGAUCAUGCAGUUUCCUAUCAGAAAUACAGAUUCUCUCCCCCUGAAAACCUCCAAAGUGUCAUUUUCUCUUACCUGGAAGAAAAGAAAGUAGACCCCAUUCGGCUGGCAGUGGAUGUUGGCUGCGGGUCGGGACAAAGCACUCGCGUACUCGCCACUCGUUUUGAGAAGGUGGUUGGAACAGACAUCAGUGAAGCUCAAAUAGAGGCAGCCAAACAAGCUGCUUCCUUCCCAAAUGUUACUUACCAUGUGUGCCCUGCAGAGGAGCUGCCAUUUGCGGAUGGCUCUGUGGACCUCAUUACUGCUUUUACAGCUGCUCACUGGUUUGAUAUGCCGAGGUUCAUGAAAGAAGUGGAUCGAGUUCUCAAGCCACAUGGCUGUGUGGCCCUUAGCACCUACACUGCAGACUUCAGUAUGCACUAUAAAGACUGCUCGGAGAGGCUUACGGAAAUCUUCACUGAGACCCAUAACCAGCUUCUUAAAUAUGCAGAUGAAAAAGUAAAUCUUGUGAUUGCAGAGUAUAAAGAGGUGUUUGAGUCCAUGCCUUUUCCAGACACGAAGAGAGUUACCCAGAUCUUCGACAAAAUUCCCAUGUCCGUUUCUGGGGUGAUCGGGCUAUUCCAGUCCUUCUCCAUGUAUCAAGCCUUUCUGAGGAGCGACCCUGAAGCAGCAAAAUCCCUCCUCCAAAAAACUGAACAAAGGUUCCUGGAGACCAUGGGAGUUUGCUCUAAUGAAACCCAGGUAGAGAUUGGGAUAAGGAGUGCUUGUGUUCUGGGCUGCAAAGGGCCAUGAAUGAAAAAUCCAGCAAUGACCCUAUAGCCAGAAGAAAAAUCCUGGUUUUGGUAUCUACUUAUAACUGAUGUUCUCAUCUUUAAAAUAUUUGAUUAAGAUCCCAAAAAGUCAUUGGCAAAACUCCCAUCCUAUUCAAUGGGAGACAAAGGAAGCAUGAAACCAAACACUAUCAAUAUUAGAAGGGCUUUCACAGGGUUGUUGUUUCCUGUUUAGAGAGGAAAAGCUCGGUGUUCUGUCUGGCCAUCAUUCAAUAGACAUUGGAAGAAAUCAAGGACCCUUUUCCACAUAGAAGGCCGCAGAGAUUGGAUCAUAUAUGGAAUAUGCAAAAACAUCAUGUUACCUAACAGCUGAGAGAUUUUUAGAAGGCUUUAUAAUCCUGCUGAGUAAAAAUAGCUUGCAGCAAGAUCAACUGCUAUAUGUAAUUCCCUUUCAAUGGGCUGAGCAAAUAGGAACAGUCAUAAUGUUGUAGGGUUAUGGUAAUAAUACUUUACAGGUAUCUUUCAUCCAGAGCCCUCAAAGAGCUGUAUCAGGUAGAUUAGUAUUACUGUCUGCACUCCACAUUAAGUGAAGUAGAGACCAGCCCAAAACAUGCCAAUUACAGAACUUAUUACAGACCAGAUUUUCAAAAGAACUUGGCUUCCAUUUAGGCACCAAAAUAACUGAUGAGAUUUUCUAGAAAGCUCAGCACCUUGGGUGUCUAGGUCUGUGUGAAAAUCUGGCCAUGAAUGAGCUCUCUUGAACAUCUGACUCCAUUGGUGGGUGCUGAGCACUUGAAAAUCUGGCCCUAAGUUUCUAAGAUAGAAUUAAUGAGAGAGACUUACCAUUACUCUGAUGGACAUAGGCUGCAGCACACCCAGAGCCAAUGUCAGUGUGUUGUGGUCAGGAUCCCCACUGACUCAGCAGCGGGUCUUCUGCCGCUGCUAGGGCCGCAGUGGAGGGGGUGGGCCUGCGUCCCCCCUGCCACCCAACGUGCGGGUGGCCAUCUCCCCCUCUCCCAGGUUCUUCAGAGCCAGGGCCUCCUGAACUCAUUUGUCUGAGCAGCUCCUGCCUGAGGGCCUGGGCCACUGACUCUGUACUGCCCCGCUUGCUAAUAUUGACUGUUUGCUCCGCCCCUGCCUGAGGGCCUGAGCUACUGACUGUUUGUUGGCCUGCCCUGACCCAGGACCUGGGUGUGCUAAUAUUGACUGUUUGCUCCGCCCCUGCCUGAGGGUCUGAGCUGCUGACUGUUUGUUGGCCUGCCCUGACCCAGGACCUGGGUGUGCUAAUAUUGACUGUUUGCUCCGCCCCUGCCUGAGGGUCUGAGCUGCUGACUGUUUGCUGCACAGCCAGGCUAGUUCCCUGACACCCCUGACCAAAAUAGCGAGGUGGUCUGGUUCCCCGCUGCCCCAGAGGGGGGCAAGCCCCGGCCAAACCCCCUACAGGCAGGAAUUAAAGAAAAAUACCCAAUGACAUGAAACCACAGCCUGAUAUAAGAUGCAUACAAGAGACUUGGACUAGAUGACCUCCUGAGGUCCCUUCCAACCCUGAUAUUCUAUGACUUGGCAUGACGAGAAAAACUGUACUAUACAUUCCCAGGAUAUGGCUUAUAUAGACAUGACCGCAAAAUAGAAAAGGGUGGGGGUGUCUGCACCUUCAUUAAGGGGACCUGAACCAAUUGAAUUAAAGGUUAAAUAUAAAGCUAUUGAAAUACUGAUACAAAACAACACUGCUUCUCUAAGAUUUUUUAAUGUUUAUAACACCGGCAGGAAACUAAAGGCGAUGGCCCUAAAAGAAUUAACUGCAAAUGUCACAUGCCCGUUCAUUAUCUGUGGUGAUCUGAAGUAAGGUGGGGAAGUGAGGAAAAUGAUAAAAAGGGAAAAUGUUAAGAACAAUUCUUUGAAGCGAAUAAUUUAGCAAUAUUAAAUGAUAGAGCACCUACCAGGACCAAUACUUCUGGCAGAAGCUUCUCAUACUUGAUCUGGGAACAGCUUCUGGCACCAUCGCUAGGAAAUGCAGCUGGGAAAUGUACAGAAAGGAGGGAAUGGGUAGUGACCAUUUCCCGACUUCAAUUACAUAGCAAGGAAAAGGAAAUACUGAAGACGAGGAAAAUAUCCCCACUUGAAAUCUAAACAAAGCAAAUUGAAAACUGUUUAGAAACAAAAGUGAGGAACAUGUGAAUGAGCCAUGUAUAAAUGAAGCUAUUGAGGAAUUCUCUUGUAAUGUUACUAGGGGAAUCAUAAAGACAGCCUGCGUAGCUACUUCUAGGAUACCAAUGCUAUGUAAAGAUAGGAACAGUGUACCAUGGUGGGACAAGGCAUGUGAAAUGGCAGUUAGGAGAAGGAAGAAGGCAUAUAUGACAACAAAAAAUUCAUUAAAUAGAGAGGAAAUAUGAAAAAAUAAUGAAAUGUUAAAAAAAAAAA